AUGGAAGCAGCAGUAGUGAAAAAGACGAAUAAAUUCAUAAAUAGUGCCGAUAGUGCCGUGGACGACAGUAUUCGUGGGUUAAUUCUUUCGCAUGACAAUUUGGCAACAUUAGAUUGUUGCUAUCGUGUAGUUCUUCGAGCUGAUAUCGCCGAAUUGAAAGAGACAAAACAGGUCAUGCUACUUGCUGGUGGAGGUUCUGGACAUGAACCAUUUGCGGCAGGUUUCGUUGGGAAAGGUUUACUAUCUGCUGCCGUUUGCGGAAAUGUGUUUGCAUCACCACCUACUUCACAUAUAUCAGCUGGCUUAAAUGCUAUUCACAACAGUUCUGGGAUAGCAGUAUUUGUUAUCAAUUAUACUGGAGAUCGACUUAAUUUUGGUUUAGCUGUGGAACGAUUCAAUAGGAAUCGAAAAAAAGAGGACGGUGAAGCGGAAAUGGUAAUAAUUGGUGACGACGUAGCUCUAGAAAGUAGUUUUACUGGGCGAGAUCUUGGACGUCGUGGCUUAGCAGGUGCUGUACUACUACUAAAAAUUGUUGGCGCAAUGGCUGAAGAAGGUAAAGAUCUGAAAACAAUAACGGCAACAUCCAGAUCUGUAAAUGAUAAUUUAGGUACCAUUGGUGUGAGUCUUUCUGCAUGUAGUUUACCUGGAAGAGGCCCGAUGUUUGAACUGGAGACUGACCAGAUGGAAUUUGGUCUCGGUAUUCACGGCGAACCUGGUUUUGAAAGGAGUCAGUAUAGGACAGCAAAGGAAGUGGCAAAACUGCUGCUAGAAAAACUGGAAAACAGUCGGAAACUAAAUCUUCAGAAAGGCGAGAAACUCGUUGUCCUGUUAAAUAAUCUUGGUGGAACAUCGCAAAUUGAACUCAACAUCCUAUUUGGAGAAAUCUAUUCAUGGUUAUGUGAAAAAGGUUACUGCAUUCAUCGUUUCUACGUUGAAAGCGUGAUGACAUCGUUGAAUGGUCAUGGUAUCAGUAUUACAAUAUUACGAUUGAAAUCAGACGAUUGGUUACGAUAUUUGGAUGCGGUGACAGAAGCACCUGCAUGGAAAAUGACACAUUUUCCUCCAAAGCUUUCAUCUAGUGUAAACAAGAUUAAAUCAACGAGAAAUAAAGAGAGAAUCGAUAAACAUAUUGGAGCAGCACUUUCCAAAGAAGAUGCAAAACAUGUGGAAGCAGCUGUAAAGAAAGCAUGCAUAGCAAUCCAUGAAUCUGUGGAUGUGUUGAAUAGCUUAGAUAGUAGUGCAGGAGAUGGUGAUUGUGGAACUACUCUAAAAAUUGCUGCUGCUAAAAUUCUGAAAUUUUUGGAUGAAGAAAAACUUCGAUGUGACAUUCCACUAUCGUUAUUCAAUGAAAUUUCACAAAUAUUUGAAGAUGUUGGUGGUACAGCUGGAGCAUUGUACGCGUUGAUGUUCAGCUCCGCAGCUCAAGCAUUUAUCGAAUCAACAACUGCAAAAGAGUGGCAUUUAGCGCUGAAGAAUGGCCUAGAGGCUAUUAUGAAAUAUGGACAGGCUAAACCGGGUUCUAGAUCCAUGGUGGAUCCUCUGCAUGCUGCUACAACAGCAAUAUCGCAUGAUAAUCCAGGAAAAACACAGUGGGAAAAUGCUGUAAAGCAAGCUGAAGAAAGGGCAAAAGCAACCAGUGGCAUGUUUGCACAAGUGGGUCGUGCAAGUUACACUUCUACAUUGGUACAAAGAGAACCUGAUGCUGGUGCAGUUGCAGUGUCUAUAUGGUUGCGAGCAGUUUAUGAAGCUAUUUAUUCGUAA